AUGCCCAAAUUCGUUCCGCGACAGCGUAAACACAAGGUGGUUGCGCGCCAGAAGCCUGCUCACAAUGAUGAGCCCAGUGAGGCCAACACGGAGCAAAUCCUGCCUGCUGAGCAGCGAGAGCGUGAUGAGAGGCGGCGCGCUAUGAAAGAUGACCUGGUGCGCGAGUCGCAGAGCAAAAUGAGCGGAAAGAAGAAGAAGCGCCUGGACAAAUACAUCGAUACGAAGCUCAAGAAGGAAGAAAACCUGGAGCUCCUCAAGAAAUUAGCCUCGCAAUCGCACAAGGUCGACACCAGUCUGUUCCAGAGCUCAAAGAAGCUGGGUAGUGGCGGCGACACCAAGCGUGAAGCUCUCAGACGAGCGCUGGCCGAGCGUCGAGCUGGCAUAGAUGUGGAGAAGAACGAGGGACUGCUGUUCGAGGAGCACACUGUUCGAGAACCAGAAGCUGAGAGCUCGGGGUCGGAGGACGACAACAACACUCAGGCCGCGCCUAGGACGAGUUCGAAAUCAACGAAGACCUCUACCACCUCACAACGGAAACGGGGUCGGUCGCUUUCGAAGUCACCCGAACCGACUUACUCGGCGCCCUCUGAGCCUGCAACCACGUCAGUCGGCAGCUUUGGUCUGUUUGGAGGCGGUCUCAAGCGGCCGCUCGAGGUUGACGAAUCAGGCAAGCCAGUCAUCCAGGUCAGAAAGCGCAGAAAGGCAAAGGGCAAGCCUAUCGCCAUUGAGGAAGAGGUGGCGUGGGAAGGAUUCAGCUCCGACGAGAAAGAAGCCGAAGAGGCUGACGCUGAUAGCGUAGAGGCAGCAGAGUCGACAGAAGAAUCAGAUAUUGAAGAAGACGAGGAGGGCACAGACUCUGGAUCAGAGGAUUCGGAAGGGUCAGAAGAGGAGGACUCAGAAGAAGACAGUGAUAGCGACAGCGAAAGCAGCCUCGACGAGGAAAGCAAGAUCGCUCGAAAAGAGCGGACAUCAGCCUUCAAGGCAUGGGCCACGAGCCAAAGAAAUGAACAAGUUGGCUUCGUACCGACGAACCAACUCGAACACACGAUACCAGCGAAGCCUAUCAACUUCACACCGAGAGCGCCCGAGCAAGAUCCCCUCCCCCGGGAGCUUCAGACGAACACGGCGACCGACGCGACAAGAAAGGCAUACAGCGUCGCUGUGGAAAGAUCACCGGAGAUUCAAGAGGCUAGGAUGCAGCUUCCAGUAGUGGCCGAGGAACAGAAGAUUAUGGAGGCGAUACACAACAACGACGUGGUCGUGGUCUGGGGAGCUACUGGUAGUGGUAAGACCACACAGGUGCCGCAGUUCCUCUUCGAGGCAGGCUAUGGUGCGCCAGAUGGGCCUACACCAGGCAUGAUUGGUGUCACACAGCCACGACGUGUCGCUGCAGUCAGCAUGUCGAAGCGCGUUGGUGAUGAGCUCGGCGACCACGGCUCGAAGGUUGCCCAUCAGAUUCGGUUCGACACCACGACGAACGCGAAAACUGCGGUAAAGUUCAUGACAGAUGGUGUGCUUCUGCGCGAGAUCACACAGGAUUUCAUACUAUCAAAGUAUUCCGCCAUCGUUAUCGAUGAGGCCCACGAGCGCAGUGUCAAUACUGAUAUCCUCAUUGGUAUGCUCAGCAGAAUCGUGGAUCUGCGAGCUGAGAUGGCAAAAGAAAACCCUAAAGUCAAGCCUCUGAAGCUGGUAAUCAUGUCGGCCACACUCAGAAUCUCAGAUUUCACUGAGAACAAGCGCCUGUUCAGGAGUGAACCACCCCCUUUACUCAAGGCGGAGGGUCGCCAGUACACAGUCACCAACCACUUUGCCCGCCAGACCCAGCGCGACUACGUCGAGGAGAUGUAUCGCAAGGUCGUCAGAGGACAUCGUAAGCUGCCACAAGGAGCAAUGUUAGUCUUCCUCACGGGUCAAGGCGAGAUCGCGAACCUCGCGAAGCGCUUGAAGCAAGCCUUCCCAUCGACACAAGGACAGGACGCAAAGACCGGCAAGGUCCGGAUCAAUCCAGCAGAGGCGCCCGUGGAGACUGAAGACCUCGAGUUCGGCGCAGAGAACAACGAUGAGGACAACGAUGGUUCUGACUCCGAGGACUCUGUCAUCAUGGGUUUGGAUGACGACGAAGAGGAUAAGGAAUUCGAUAUUGACGAGGAGAAGCCUGAGGACACUGUGAUGAAUGUGCACGUAUUGCCACUCUACUCGCAACUUCCUACGAACCAGCAAAUGCGCGUCUUUGAACCGCCCCCGGAGGGAUCUCGGCUCAUUGUUUUGGCGACUAAUGUAGCGGAAACGAGUUUGACGAUCCCUGGCGUUCGUUACGUCUUCGACUGUGGAAGAGCGAAGGAGAAGAAGUAUGACCUCAUUACGGGUGUACAGAGCUUCGAAAUCGGCUGGAUCAGCAAGGCAAGCGCCAAUCAAAGAGCUGGUCGUGCUGGUCGUACCGGUCCUGGUCACUGCUACCGUCUAUACUCAUCCGCAGUCUUCGAACGUGAUUUCGAAGAGUAUGCAGCGCCAGAGAUUUCUCGAACGCCUCUAGAGGGAGUGGUCCUACAGUUGAAGAGCAUGGGUGCGCCUGUGGUCAACUUUCCAUUCCCUACACCGCCAGACCGAGAAAGCCUUCAGCGCGCUGAAAACCUUCUCUCCUACCUCGGAGCGCUGUCGUCCGACGGCAAGGUGACCAAGCUGGGACACGAGCUCUCGUUGUACCCUCUCAACCCCCGUUUUGCGCGGAUGUUAGCUAUGGGUGUUGCUCAGAACCUCACGGCUGAGACCAUCGCUCUGGUAGCUGCGUUAUCCGUACCAGAGCUUGUCGUUCCAGAGAACAAGCUCGGCCUCCGGGAACCCCCUAAAGACCCAGAUGCUGUUCGCACAGAACAGGACAAUAUUGAGGCUGAAGAGCGUUCUCAGUUGCGUAAGGCUUACAACGCCGCCCUCGCCAAGUUGAGUGUCAACGCAAAGCAAAGCGACUGCAUCAAGUUCAGCAACGCUGUCUGCGCUUACGCGUACGAGAGCGAUCCACAGCGUUUCUGCGAGGACAUGUUUCUCAACGCCAAAGCCAUGCAUGAAGCCAGCCAGCUCCGCCAGCAGCUGACCAGCAUCGUACGCACGCAUCGCCCGACUGCAAUUGGCGCAUACCAGCCCAAGCUUCCGGCUCCAUCAGAGAAGAGCAUCAGCCUACUGAUCCAGAUCUGCGCAGCAGGCUUCAUCGACCAAGUCGCCAUGCGAGCAGAUCUCGCUCCCGUACCACCGGAGCUGUCUCGCAAGCCCAAGACCGCCAUUGACGUCCCCUACAUCACCCUCUUCUCAUCCAACGAUUCACGCAGCGACGACCCCAACGAGAAAUACGUCUAUCUCCACCCCUCGACUCUCCUCGCACGAACACCGCCGGCAAAGCUGCCGGGAUAUAUCAUCUACUCGCACCUCCAGCGCGCAUCUACAUCCGUCAUCAAUGGCGCAAAGACGCCGAAAACACGCAUGCACCCGCUCACGCCUGUCACGCGGCCCCAGCUCAUCAACAUUGCCCUCGGGACACCGCUGCUGCAGGCUUCGAAGCCAAAGGGCAAGAUCGCAGAGUUGCCGCGCACGAGCGGUGCGCCAGAGCGACGGGAGUGCGAGGUUGAGAUGUCGCUCCUUGGCGAGAAGGGAAGUCAAGGCUGGGGAUUGGGAGUGAGGAAGGUGGUGCAGCGGAAGGAGGGUGCUGGGAGGGGGUGGGUGGUUGAGAAGGUUCUUGCUUGA